AUGGCUUCAAAUUCAGCAGAAGUUGAUUCAGAUGUGACCAUCUCUGACAUGAGUUCAUCUGAUGUCCCUGUUGAUGAAAUACCUCCUCCUAUACUAGAUGCACAAGUAGAAGAGGUUGCAAUGGAACAACAGAACAAAGAGGUUGAGGUUCCCCAAGUUGAUUCAGAUGCAACCAUCUCUGACAUGAGUUCAUCUGAUGUCCCGGUUGAUGAAAUACCUCCUCCUGUACUACAUGCACAAGAAGAGGUUGCUAUGGAACAGCGGAACAAAGAGGUUGAGGUUCCCCAAUGGAAGAAUCUUUCUGGUUACAACGUGCAGGACUGGAGAGCCUUCGCUCGCAAAAGAAGUACUGGGCAUACUGAUAGGGUGAGUAUUUCUUUCAACCAGCGCUAUUGUCUAAUGAAACAUACUUUUUUGAUUGCUGAUAGAAGUUACAUGAGGAGUUAUUUAGAUGAGUCCUUAGCCGAAGCACAUUAG